CUGAUGAAUAAUCAUGAGGGGGAAAUGGGCGGAGCAUCGCAUGUGACUAAAGGCGUUGGGUCAUGUUGUUCCCCGGCCACCACUCCAAGUAUUAAUUUACAUUUCUAAGGGUCCUGUCCACUACUGAACUGUUUCCAGCAGUGAAAUAAACAGAUUUAACAGACACCUUCAUAACAGGAGAGAUGAACCGAUGCAUUUCCUUCUUCUGAGGUUCAUCUGAAGUCACUUGCCAUAGAGAAGUAUCGCUCAGGACUGAUUUGAGGUCUGGACCAGACAGACAUACCAGAGGGACUGUCCCGUGCACGGAGCAUUAUGGCAGAGCCAGACUAUAUGGACGGAGAUGGCGAUGAACUCGUAAAGCCCAAGAAACUCCUCAACCCAGUGAAGUCCUCCAGAGAUCACCAGGACUUACACAGAGAGCUCAUCAUGAACCAGAAGAGGGGUCUUGCGCCACAGAAUAAACCAGAACUCCAGAAGGUGAUGGAAAAGAGGAAGAGAGACCAGGUGCUGAAGACUCAGAAAGAGGAGCAGGAGGCGCACAAGAAGAGGUCAGACCUUGAGAUCGAGCUCAUGAAGAGACGAGAGAACCUCGAACAGCUGGAAUUGGAGCAACAAAAGAAUGAAGAGGAGCAAGAAAACACCCCAGAGUUUGUCAAAAUGAAAAGCAAUUUGAGAAGAACCAAACAGGAAGAGGAGGGGCAGGAGCGUGCCACCUAGAAACCGUUUCUAUUGUACAUUUGUUGACAUGGCAACUGGACUGUUGUUUGUGGGGAUUUCCUGGUGUUCCUCCCCCAUGUGUCCCUGUGAAACAAGUGACUGUAGACGAACGGUUCCUGUUGCCUGCUCGCAGACACAACCAGUAUUCACGCUGCCUCUUUUUCUAAACAACGAUCACAAAUAAAGAGGAUUGAAGAAUAAACGAAACGCAUACACACAAACUCUUGUACAUGGGUGCAGCCUCUUUGCCACUGGUUGACUGGCUUUAAAGAACACGCAUGGCAGAACAAACAGAGACCAAAUGAUUACUAGGGCUGCUCCGAUCAUGAUCGGCCGAUCAUUAUGCGCAUCUCGUCAGUAAAGCCGGUUCUUUAAUCAGCGGUAAAUUCCAUCAGGUGCGUGAUUUCACAUAGAGCCAUUGUUCACUGAGAAGCUGCGCAAAUCCACGUUCAUUUUCAGUGUUUAUUUGCGCAACUAGUCAGUUAACAACGGCUCUGUGUAGUAACAGUAGCUCUAUGUGAAAUCACGCACCUGAGGGAACUUACCGCUGAUUAGAGAACCGGCUUUACUGACAAGAUGCGUAUUAACGAUCAGCCGAUCAUGAUCGAAGCAGCCCAAAUUAUUACUUUGGUAUAUUUUAUUUUUUUUGAGGGGGGCACAUAUUAUUUUACUAUUUUACAUUAUAAACCUGAAAUGGGACACUGGAUGAACUUUUUUAAGCCAAAACAAUGCUCUUUUAUUUAUGUUCAGUGUCAGCUUUUGUUUGUAAGGGUUUCUCCGAGACAUUUUUCUCUUGGUUGAUGAUUAAAAAAAAGAAGAAAGGAAAGUAAAUAUGCAAAGUUGUGAUGCAUCUUGCUUGCUUUUUAUGAAUUGUAAUGUCUGUGCGCUCCCUCUGCUGAAUUACAUAAGCAAUACUAGUUCUAGUUUUGUGAGGUUUCUUUGCAAAUAUUUUUGUUAUAACUUUUUUAAUGAAUACAUUAAGUUAAUACACUUUAGUUUAAUGUGGUAUUAAACGCAAGUGCAACCGUUUUCUUUAACUUGAAUGGUAGUUGUUCUUAAGAGUUUAAAAAGAACAUGAAAUGUUUAUUAAUGUAGAUUUGAGCCAAUAAAUAACCACUUUUUGUGUUCCCUUAAAACCUUCUUUUAAUAAAUAUUAUUUUAUCAUGUUGAA